CAAGCGGAAGUUGGCAUUGGAGAAGCGGAAGUGGUCAUCGGACAACGGAGCUGUGUCGUUCAUGGCGGCGACGAGCUCAAAUUAACUAGAGAUUUUCCAUUUAAUUUGUUCUACCUUGUCGGCCUGCUCUUUCUGAAUAUUUCACAGUUUAAGAUGGGAAGGAGCCGCAGUCGAACUCCUCCAAGGCGCGAAAGAAGGCGUUCCCGCUCCAAUUCACGUGAACGCGAUCGAAGGAGAAGGGAGAGAGAUCGAGAUAGAGACCGAGAGAGAAGAAGAAGUCGUUCCAGAUCUCCUCACAGGAGGCGAUCAAGAUCUCCUCGGCGCCAUCGUUCUUCGUCCCUUUCUCCUAUGAGACAAAAAGACAGACGGGAUGAUGAUCGUAAAGAAACAAAGUCAUCCAAGCCUGUUCAAAUAUCAGCUGAGGACAUGCAAGGCAAAACUGAAGAGGAAAUUGAGAUGAUGAAACUGAUGGGAUUUGCAACGUUUAACACCAGCAAGGGGAAGAAAAGCGAAGGAUCGACCAAAGCAUUUGCUAUCAAUGUGUCCAUGAAGCGAAAAUACAGGCAGUACAUGAACAGAAAAGGUGGGUUCAACAGACCGCUGGACUUCAUCGCAUGAAAGUCCCAACAUCUCUGCAGCUUUGCUGAUGAAUCACACCUUUUUUGUCUUUGACGAAGAUGGAUGAGCGUUUGCUUUUUCCUGUUAAUAUGUAACCUUUUCUGUGGGAUUUAAGACCUUUGUAUAUACAUUUGUAAAUCCUGGAUUCAAUUAAGUUAGUGUUUGUGUUAAGUAUUGACACAAAUUAUGUUGCAAAGAUAAGUGGAAUUUGUCCUCUAUUCCUGACAGUUGUUAGUUUUGUUUAAAUAAAGUCAUUUUAAAGA